CAGGACCGAGGGAGGAGGUGUGGCCAGGGACAGCCCCUGCAGACCGCGCCUCGGCGACAGCGCCAUGGACGGCCUGGACAACACCACCCUGCUCCUUACCCCGUCCUCGCUGCUGCCUGACAACCUCACCCUGUCUCCCAACGCCAGCAGCCCGAGCGCCAGCACCCUCUCGCCUCUCGAUGUCACCUCUAGUCCUGGUCCCGGGCUCAGCCUCGCUCCGAGUCCGAGCAUCGGCUUUAGCCCCGAGGCGACCCCGACUCCAGAGCCCACGAGCAGCAGCCUCACGGUCGGCGUGGCUGGCCAGGGCUCCUCCGCUUUCCCCCGGCCCUGGAUCCCCCACGAGCCCCCAUUCUGGGACACGCCGCUCAACCACGGGCUGAACGUGUUUGUGGGUGCCGCCUUGUGCAUCACCAUGCUGGGUCUGGGCUGUACCGUGGACGUGAACCACUUCGGGGCGCACGUCCGGCGGCCCGUGGGCGCUCUGCUGGCUGCGCUCUGCCAGUUCGGCUUCUUGCCGCUGCUAGCCUUCUUGCUGGCCCUCAUCUUCAAGCUGGAUGAGGUGGCCGCGGUGGCCGUACUCCUAUGUGGCUGCUGUCCUGGUGGAAAUCUCUCCAAUCUCAUGUCCCUGCUGGUGGACGGCGACAUGAACCUCAGCAUCAUCAUGACCAUUUCCUCCACACUCCUGGCCCUUGUGUUGAUGCCCCUCUGCCUCUGGAUCUACAGCCGUGCCUGGAUCAAUACCCCUCUGGUGCAAUUACUCCCCCUAGGGGCAGUCACCCUGACUCUCUGCAGCACUCUCAUCCCUAUUGGGCUAGGCGUCUUCAUUCGCUACAAAUACAACCGGGUGGCUGACUACAUCGUGAAGCGAGAGGCCCUAGACGAAGACGAAGACACCGAUAUUUCUUAUAAGAAACUGAAAGAAGAGGAAAUGGCAGACACCUCCUAUGGCACCGUGGGGACAGAUGACUUAGUGAUGAUGGAGACCACCCAGACCGCCCUCUGACCGAGGAGAUUCACGGGAGCUGAAACAUCACUUCCUAUUUGUGACCAUUGGUAGCAAGUAUGGUUCGCAUCCAGGAUAAAGAUGGGUUGACAUUUCCUGUAACAGAUUUGCUCUUCCCACUGUAAUGUUGUAUCUCAGUAUUAUCCAUGUGUUUUUCUAACUCAACAGAGUGUCCCAAUAUUGCUUACACCUGGAUCAGCUAAAUUGCCGCAUCCUCUGCUUUAGUGUGCUGUUUGUUUGUUUUUUUGGUUUUCUUUUCGAUUUUUGUUUAUUUUGCCAUUUCCAUCAGCAUCGCUACAGAUAGGAAACGGGGUUGGAAAUGUAGAUGUCUGGUGUUUGUAAAACAGAACCAUGGGUUUGCUCAACUUACAAACAACCAAUUCUGUUCAGGGCGAGCCUGUAUUGAGAAAAGUCCAAAACGGGUCAGUGAAACUACAAGAUAGAAUUGCAUCGUCAAAUCAUUCUCAAGCCAGAGAAAAUCGUAUUAAUGUGUGUGACUACUUGAUCUAGUAUCUAUUGUUAAUGGUCAUCAACAUUGUCCAGGGUUGAAAGGCAUUUUUCCCCAUAUGUUUCCUGUAUUUGUAUAAACGC